AAUUUAAAACUAAAAGAAUUUGAUCAUAUAUUAAUUUAUUUAAAACAAGAAAUUGCAAUAAAUCACUUAGAGUUCAUUUAUAUGAAAAAAUUUUUAGCAUUUAUUAAAAUCGUAUUAUUUAGUUUACUAUUAAACUAUAUUAAUGCAAGAUUAAGUAGCUAUGAUCUUAAAGAUAUCAGGACAGCUUGGGAUAAUCCAAUUACUAAGAAUAUUUUGCAAGAAAUUAAAAAAUUUGAUUUAAAUAGUUAAUCUGUUGAGGCUAUAUAAACUUUAGAAAAUCUAAAUGAAAAUUUUACAAAAGUAGGAAAUAGUCUUGAAAAACUAGAGAGUGAAAUUUAGAAAAAAUGUGAAAACUAAAAAAUAGAAGACUAAUAAAUUAUAGAAAUGAUAAACCUAUAGGAUGAAAAAAAAAAUGUUUAAGUAUGCUCAGGAAAGUAGAUCGAACAUGAGAUGAAGUAGAAUAUGCUAUAAUAUAAAGAGACAAUCCAGCAAAACUUAAAAUUAAUAAGCGAAAUAGAAGAAGAAAUUGAAGAAUUAGAAGCAAUAAUGUGGUAUAAAUUAAAAUAAAAUGACAAAGCAUCCAAAAAUCUAUAAUAGUUAAUAUAAAUUAUGCUUAAAAUUAUGGAAUAGCAAUAUUAGUCACCAUAAUUUAAAUAGUUAUUGACUGACUUUGUUACCUUAUAAUAAAGUAUGGCCAAAGAUGAUCCUAUUAGACUUAUGAGUGAGGCAUUUUAAAGAGUACUCUUAUAAUUUGAUACUUAGGUUAUCAGAAAGGUUGUUUAUAUAUUGAAAAAUCUAUAAACAAAUAAUAAAUCUGAAUAGCUUUACUUAAAAUAAUCUAAGGCAAUAAUGUUAAAAAAUUUAAAUAGUUAAAAAGAGCUUAUUUAAAAUGCAAAUAGCAGCUUGGAAUCUUAAAUAUCCGAAAUUGAAGGUGUAUUAAAUAAUUUUUAACAAAUAUUAGAUGAUAAUGACUUAUUCGGAGAUAGACAGGACUAAAAACUAUAACAAAAAAUAAUACGAUAAGAAUAAAUAAAUGAUUAGAAUGAAAUGAAAUGUAAUAAAGAGUUAUAAGGCUAUUAAAUGUAGGUAGAUAAUAAUAAAAAAAAGAUGUAAUUUAUUGCAACUCUAAUCAAAUUCAUUAAUAUAGAUAACGAAUCUAUACAAAAAUUAUUGAUUUCAUUAAAAUGA